UCCGAACUGUCAGUAGAGGAGCUGUAUUUCACCCGGAGACGCGCGCGCGGUGUAAAGGGUCUCGGUGAGCGGCUGAUAAACGCUGUAGUUCCGGCCUGGGCUCCGCCUGGGCUGCUGUGGAGCCGCCGCGGGGGUUUAUGGAGCCGCUGCGGGGAUAGAUAGAGCGGAUAGAUAGAGCGGAUAGAUAGAGCCGGAAAGGACGCGGACCGACACGGACAAAGCGAGCUGAGAAGAUGAGCGCGAGCACAACGGCGUCGUGUCGCUUCGCCCAUUACCUGGUGCUGUGCGGGCUGGACACGGACACGGGCCUCGAGCCCGACGCCCUCACGGCUUUGUACCAGUGGCUAGAGGCAGAUCGUCAGGGCAGAGACCCAGAGACUGUGACAGCAGGCGAGAACUUGGACCAGAGUCCUCUUAAACGGACCUUCAAAUCCAAAGUGCUGGCUCACUACCCAGAGAGCAUUGACUGCAACCCUUUUGACCAGGAUGCUGUCAACAUGCUCUGCAUGCCGAAAGGCCUGUCGUUCCGCACUCAGAAGGACUCCCUGACGCCCAAGUUCCACUCAUUCCUGAUCACACGUGAGGAUGGCUCUCGCACCUACGGGUUCGUACACACCUUCUACGAGGAAGUAACCAGCACCCAAAUUCGCUCUGCCAUGCAGACGUUGCACCAGAUGCACCAUGCGGAACACGCCUCUUCGCACGCCUGUCCUUCAUCUUCCUCCUCCUCCUCCUCCAGUAUGGACUCGUUAACCAGCAGCUCGGACGACGCGGAGUCCCUGUCCUCUGCCUGUUCUGUGAGUCAACGUUGUUGCAGCUCUUUGAGCUACAAUGCCGAGCAGGACACGCUGUAUGUCUCCAAAGCACUGUGUCUGAUCACGCCCAUGCCCUUCAUGCAUGCGUGUCGGCGCUUCCUGUCCCAGCUGCACAGGGCUGUCACGGCCCGGCAGCCGCCCCCUCUGCCGUUAGAGAGCUACGUACACAACGUGCUAUACGAAGUCCCGCUUCCGCCUCCCGGACGCUCGUUAAAGUUCCACGGUGUGUACGAGCCCAUCGUGUGUCAGCGGCCCGGACCGACAGAGCUUCCUCUGGCAGAUUUUCCUCUGGGCGAAGCUUUUCGACUGCUGGGUGUCGAGAACCUGGUGCAGCUCUUUACCUGUGUCCUGCUGGAAAUGCAGGUUCUGCUUUACUCACAAGAUUAUCAGAGGCUGAUGGUGGUAGGGGAGGGGAUCACCACACUCCUCUUUCCGUUCCAGUGGCAGCACGUGUAUGUGCCCAUCCUGCCUGCUUCACUGCUGCACUUCUUGGAUGCCCCUGUGCCCUACGUCAUGGGUUUACAGUCGAAAGAAGGCACAGACCGCUCCAAACUGGAACUGCCUCAAGAGGCAAACCUUUGCUUUGUGGACAUUGACAAUCAUUGCCUGGAGCUGCCUGAGGAUUUCCCACAGUUCCCCAACAAGGCGGAGUUCAUCCAGGAGCUGAGCGAGCUGCUGCUGAGCUAUGACUUGCCUCUAGAGGGGGGCGCUUCCUCACCUGCACCUAUCUCUGCUCAAACACGUGUGACUGGGACUGAAGCUCUGAGAGACCUGGUAGAUGAUGGGAGGAAUGGAAAUCUGCCGUUAGAUGUCGUGGACCUGCUGCAGGGGAACCCGACUCUGGAGCGCCUUCAGGCUCUGGCUAAGAGGACGGGGGUGAAGGUCGCCCGUCUGGAGGAGCUGGUGGCAGGCCAGAAGACUUUAGUGGAGGAGAAUGUGGGGGCAUUGAGGACUGGCAUUGAGGAGGAGGAGCUGAGGAACGCCAAGCUAAACGUGCAGCUGAGGGAGGUGUUUGCUGCUCGCUUUGUCUCAAUGUUCGCUGACUAUGAAGCAUUCGUCAUACAGAACUCACCAGACCUGGAAUCCUGGCUCUCCAACCGGGAGCAGAUGCACAACUUCGACAAGGCUUCUUUCCUGUCAGAUCAGCCAGAGCCAAACCUGCCUUUCCUGUGUCGCUUCAUCGAGACCCAGAUGUUCGCCACGUUCAUCGACAAUAAAAUCUUGUCCCAGUGGGGGGAAAAGGAGCCCCUGCUGCGCGUGUUUGACGGACGCAUUGAGAAGGCCCGCCUCUACAACGUACGCGCUCCAAGCAUGCGCUCCUCCGUCUACCAGAGGUGCACCUUCCUCAAUGAGUCCGCUCAGGCCAUUGAGCAGCGGCUGAUGAAAAUCGACCACACAGCCAUUCAUCCCCACCUGUUGGACAUGAAGAUUGGCCAAGGCAAAUACCAGCAGGGCUUCUUCCCUAAGUUGCAGUCGGACGUGCUCGCUUCAGGCCCGACCAACAAUAACAGGUGGUGUAAUCGCACUGGUGCGGCUCCCCGACGGAGGGACUGGCCGAGACAGCAAACUGAUCACCUCGGGCUGGACAAUGACCUCAAAGAGGCAAUGGAGGGGUGUUUGGUGGUGCAGAGCUCUAUGGCUUCUUGGGAGUGGGUCAAGGCACCAACCCCUCAUGUUAAACCACCCAAAAAGUCCUUCUCAGCUUGCAGUCUGAAGUGCAUGCAGGAAGCACGUAGCCUGGGGAAAAAUCUGAGGCAACCCAAACUGUCCGACCUUUCCCCAGCGGUCAUUGCUCAGACCAACUCGAAGUUUGUGGAGGGCUUGCUGAAGGAAUGCAAAAUGAAGACUAAACGCAUGUUGGUGGAGAAGAUGGGUCGAGAGGCCGUGGAGCUCGGCCACGGAGAGGCUAAUAUCACCGGGCUGGAGGAGAACACGCUCAUCGCUAGCCUGUGUGACCUCCUGGAGAGGAUCUGGAGCCACGGCCUGCAGGUCAAACAGGGAAAGUCUGCAUUAUGGUCCCAUUUAAGACAUUACCAGGACAGAGUGGAGAAGAUGGAGCAGCAGAUGGAGUCAUCAGUAUCUAAUGAGCAGGAGAAACGGAAGGCGGAGUCCUCUAUCGGCCUGCCAGUAUUGCGCGUAUCAGUGGUGCAGGACAUGAGGCACAUCCAGAGCAUGGGGGAGAUCAAGACCGACGUAGGGAGAGCGCGAGCCUGGAUUCGUCUGUCCCUGGAGAAGAAACUGCUCUCCCAACACCUCAGACAGCUGCUUUCUAACCAAGCUAUAACCAAGAAGCUGUAUAAGCGAUACGCCUUCCUGCGCUGUGAAGAAGAGAAGGAACAGUUUCUUUUCCAUCUAUUGAGCCUGAACACCGUGGACUACUUCUGCUUCACCAGCGUUUUCACCACCAUCAUGAUUCCGUAUCGUGCCGUCAUCAUCCCUAUCAAGAAGUUGAGCAAUGCCAUGACCACAUCAAAUCCCUGGCUGUGCGUGUCUGGAGAAGUAGGUGACUCGGGCGUCAUGCAGAUACCGAAGAACGUUCUGGAGAUGACGUUCGAUUCUGCCUUUAGGGCUCACACGCACCUCUCCAUUCCCUUCAAGUGUCAGAACCUGGGGAAGCUGACCACUGUGCAGUUGGGCCACGAUAACGCUGGGCUUCUGGCCAAGUGGCUGGUGGACUGUGUGAUGGUUCGCAACGAGAUUACAGGACACACGUAUAAAUUCCCAUGUGGACGGUGGCUGGGGAAAGGUGUGGACGACGGCAGUCUUGAGCGGAUCCUAAUUGGUGAAUUGGUGGCUCCGUGCAGUGAAGAGGAGGUGGGGCGUGGCUCUAAGACUCCGCCCCCUCAGCGCUCACCCUCCCAACUCCGUCGAAUCAGCAUCAGUUCUAUCACAGGCCGAGGCAGCAAACCAACAGCAGAUCAGAUCCAGGAAGCCAUCAGUGAAGCAAUAAACAACAUUGUGAAACAUUUUCACAAACCAGAGAAGGAGAGAGGGAGUCUGACGGUUCUGCUGUGUGGAGAGGGAGGUCUAGUGGGAGCUCUGGAGCAGUUCUUCUACCACGGCUUCCGCACAGCUCGUCUCUUCCAGAAAAGCGUCUUUCUGUGGGACUUUAUUGAGAGGACAGUGGUGUAUAUGGAGGGUUCUGAUCAGAUGGGUGAUAUGCAGCGGUCAGCCAAGCCCAUCGGUUCAAGCUGCAACUCUCUUUGUCGCUAUGCCAACGCUAUCAACAAUACAUCACGCAACUUGGGCAAAGAUGGCAAAUUCCAGCUUUUGGUCUGCCUUGGGACAAGAGACCGAUUGCUGCCUCAGUGGCUCCCCCUGCUGAUCGAGUGUCCCAUCAUCAUGCGUAUGUAUGAGGAAUCGGCGUUGCUGCGUGACCAUCUCGCUGUCAACUUUCUCAUCAACGUCCUACACUCUCUGUACGACUUCCGCAUAACUCUAGAGACCUCCCUCACCAAGGGGGUGGAGCUAUAGCCACACAGAAACGCUCAGAACCUGUCUCCUUCCUCCACCUCAGUCUCCUGAUCCCUCUGCCUCUGCUGCUGCUACUGCUGCUGCUUCCCGGGGGCACGAAACGACCAUGCUCCAGACUAACACGGUAUUUAAACAGCUGCUCCCAAAACCAGAGAAAUCAGGGUUCACACGGAAGGGAGAAAAGCGUAUUGGUUGCUCGAAGGUUUUCAUUUUAACCAACCAGACAUCCGUCUGGUUUCUGAACGGACAGUUUGCCGUGUUCAUCCCACAGACACCUGGUCCUCUCGAGCGCACGUCAGGGCUUCACACGAGCCUGCAAGAAAGGGAUUCACUGAAAAGCAUUACGUUAAUGGGUUUCGCAGAGAUUUAGUAUUAACAGGCUUCAUAGGAAUUUAUUGCUUCUGACAAUAGGAGGCUGAAGCGAAAUCACACACGCAUUAAAGCAGUGAAUGACCUAUAUAUAAGAUCAUUCUACGUUUCAUUUGGGUGACGAACUUUUCCCACUGACGGCUAGUCAUUUUUUAGAGAGACUAGAACAGACCAGUUGUGUUAACCCGGACCGGUCGAGUCAAACCUGCGUUAGUAAAUAACAUUCCAGCAACAUAAAGCAGGAUUAUGUGAAGCAUUAGAUGAUUUUUAUUUAUUAAUUUUUUUUUUUUUUUUUGCGCCAGUCAGUAUUAACUUGAGUUUUGUUGAAAUAAUUCAGCAGCAAACUUGUAUAUUUAUCAGAAAACACUGGACGUAGAUAAAGCAAUAAUAGUUUUCUGCCUUCUCCUGCCCUCAUAAGGACAAAAAUGUAAACCCCUUUUUUUUUUUUUUUUUUUCUUACUAUAUAAUUUUUUUCCCAAUUUUGAGCCAAUUUCAAAGCCCUGUGAUAGGUUCUGGCAAAGUUGAUAAACUCUUCCAUGCAGUGAUAACAGAUAUAGGAUUCUGAGAGUUAACUUUGCUGUCAUUUACGAACGAAUUUGUUACUUGCUGCAGGGGAUUUGAACUCGCAUUAUACAGUGAUGGAAUUCCAGUUCUCCUCCUGUGUGAGGGAGCGUGUAUGAAGUAUGUUGUUUUUUUGUUUUAAAUGUUCAGGAUCAUUUCUGUAUAUUUAUUUAUUUUCAUUUUAAACAACGCUUUUGUGACACUGGUUGAAGAAUGUAUGGAGUUGGAUCUAAGGGCAAGCUGUUCCAUAUUUGCCAGCUCAUUGUGGUUGGUUCUGACUGUGUAUAAUAUUGGUAUAAAUUUACUUGUAUAAAGUUCAAUCAACAUGUUUGUUUUCCCCCUAAAAAGAUGUUGGCACACAUGAUACAACACUGGAUCAUUCCCUUUAGCUUUUAAUGCUAUUGCAUGCUUGAGCUGGAGAUUAGUUAGUUCAGCUUUAGUUCAACUUUAAAAACCACUUUUUGCCCUCUGUGUACGUAGGACGGUUUGUUUUCCUUCCCGAUUGCAAAUUGUGAACGCUUCGUACUGGAAAUACAGAAAAGAGUUCAGUUCUCCAUCUGUUUAGUAAGAAAUUGCUGUUAUGUUCAUGAUCUUUAUGGAACCUUUCAUUAAAAUAACUGUUUAUGGUU